AGAACGGUUCGACACAAAUUUUGAAAAAUGCCUUACGGAGGACGUUAUGGUGGUGGCAGUGGCGGAGGUUAUGGCGGUGGUGGAGGAGGAGGUGGAUACGGCGGCGGCGGCGGUGGUUUUGGAGGUGGCGGCGGUGGCUAUAACGGAGAUCGCGAUGGUGGGUUCAAAAGAAGGAGGCGGGACGAUGAAGUUAUCGACCCUGAAGCGGAGCAGUUUCGCAAACUUUUUAUUGGAGGCCUGAGCUAUGAAACGUCUGAAGAGGGACUCAAAGCUCAUUUUGAGCAGUGGGGAGAAGUGGUGGACUGUGUGGUAAUGAAGGACAGCGACACACAAAAGUCACGAGGGUUUGGGUUUGUAACCUACAAGAUGGCUUCCAUGAUAGAUGAAGCACAAGAUAACCGACCACACAUUAUAGAUGGCAGGGAAGUGGAAUCAAAGAGGGCCAUGCCAAGAGAAGAUGCUAACAAAAAUGAGGCCCAGGCUACAGUGAAGAAAAUGUUUUUGGGAGGUCUGAAGGAUGACACAACAGAGGAGGAUGUGCGGGAAGCUUGUGAAGCAAAUGGCAAAGUUGAACAGAUAGAGAUGAUCACGGACAAGAACACUGGGAAAAUGAGAGGAUUCUGCUUUGUGACAUUUGCAGACUAUGACACUGUGGACAAAAUGUAUUUGAAGAAAAGGGUAGACAUCAAUGGCAGAAGAGUGGAAGUGAAGAAAGCUCUAUCCAAACAGGAAAUGAAUACAGAUGGUAGUGGACGAGGAGGCAGACAAGGUGGAGGGCGUUUUAACAGAGGUGGUGGGGGAGGAGGCUACGGAGGUGGUGGAAAUUACAGCUCUGGGGGCUAUGGGGGAGGUGGUGGUGGCGGAGGCGGCAGCUUUAGGGGAGGUGGCUACAACAGUUAUGGCAACCAAGGCGGCGGCAGCAGCGGCUUUGGUGGCGGAGGCUAUGGUGGUCAAGGAGGUGGGAGCUGGGGAAGUCAAGGUGGCUACAGUGAUGGUGGUUACGGUGGCGGCUAUGGAAACCAGGGUGGUGGAAGCUGGGGAUCAGGAGGAAACCAAAACUUUGGAGCCAACUAUGGAGACAGCUACGGAGGUGGACCAAUGAAAGGUGGUCAAGGAGGAUACUCACAACGUGGAUCAGGUCCAUACGGUGGCGGCUAUGGAAACCAGGGAGGUUAUGGGAACCAAGGUGGUUAUGGAGGUGGAGGGGGUGGUUACAGACGCUGAACCCCAGUCAGAUCUUCACAGGCAGUUUAAAAGUUGAGGUUAUGGUAGAGAAGAUGCCAGGGCUUAAUAGGACAGGAAACUAGAUAAAAUCGUUUCCAUACCAACCAACCACCAGCCAUACUCCAAGGUUAGCCAGGACAGCAGCUUAACUUAGGUUAGCUAGGAACCUGGUUGGACCUAGCUGAAGCUAAGCCAGGACAGCGGAAGUGUGUAUAGUGACAGUGAGGCAUUACACCAGCAUACUGAGAGAUAUUGCACUGACUAGUGCCAGGGAUGUAGCUGUUGUGAACUGCAGACCAUUAUUAAAUGGCAGCUCUUGAGACAUUUUAUCAACAACUUCUAAACCUUGUGGAGACCUGUACUCAUUCAUUUUGAACAUAGGCAAUGCCUGAUGUUCGUGUCAUUUUAAAUGGUUUUACUUUUUAUCAUGUUGUAAACUUGUGAUUGAAAUGUGUGCUAUAGAGUAAAAUCAAAUGUCAUUCAUCCUGUAUCAUGUACAAUAAAUAAGUUUUAUGUAUGAUAAAAAAAAAAAAAAAGACAAUUGAAGUUUUCUUUGCCCAUUCUUGCACCCUUUUUUUUUAAGGGUUCACAAAGCCCUAGAAUUAUCCUUACCAGGAGUUCAUUUUAAGCCACUGAGCUACGUCACUAAAAGUAGAAGUGCAAUCAAAUAUUUGCCUCACAUGGGCUUCUGGAGAAUUUGAAAAGCAGUGUGCAUAAAAUGAGCCCCACAAAGAUUUGACUGUCCUUGAAACUCUACAUAGUUAAAUGUAAAGUAUCUUGGCAUCAUGUUGUGAUUGGUUGUGAGGUUGAUAAAUAUUAUUCAGUUGAGUGUAUGGUAUUGAUGUGCCAAUGAGGUAGGUACCUAAUAGGUGUGAGCAGCUAGUCAGUGAGAGCAGACUUUACCCAGCAAUGUAGCCAGCAGAACAGUGCAGGGUUAUCAACCUAGAAGUUAAACCGGUUAGAAGGAAAGGAGUUUGGAGCCUAGUGAACAGCACAUUUAGGCCAGAUCUUGAUGUAAUAAGUUAAGGGAAGGUAAGUCAACUCUAUUAUGACAGUUUCACUAGAGUACUGCUACACAAUAAAUGUGGAAAAACCUUUAACGUUAAUUUAAUUUUAGGUUGUAAUUCUGGCUAGAAUUAAUGCAGCUUUGAAGAUCAGUCAGUAUUAGAGAAUUAGGUCAGCCAGAUAGGGAUGCUUAAUAGUAAAGCUGAAGGGGGAUAUGUGGUCCUGGACCGAAAGCUCAUUGCGUGUGGUCUUAUGCUGGGUCUUUUCUUUUCAGGAUAACCCAGAUGUACCCAACAUGGUGUAGGAAAGGAAAAUCACUUUUCUUUGUCCACCUGACCUAACUGAAGGUUGUGAGCUGCAAUGCGAUCAGAGAGGCAUAUGAUCUGUCAAACGGGUCAGAAGAAAUGAGGAUGGUGGGGGUUGCACCACAUUUUGGACCAGAUUCUGCUGGAGUCGGCCACAAACACCAAAAUUCACAGCAUGGUGGUUACCAUAGGAUUCACAUGGGAAGCCAGUUCUGAAGGCGGCUGUCGGAGUGCGGCAUGUGUGAUGGUUGCAGGCAGUCCAUGCUUUGCCAGCACCAGACCUGAACACCAUGGUGUCCAUUCGAAAUUCUUCGCUGCUGCAGGCUGUAAUGGGAUGGACUGUCCCGGUCCAUGAAAUUAAUUGUUGGAGAUCCAGCUUCCCCCUAGCGAUAUUCUGCUACGAAUAAAUUUCUAAGUAAAAUGACUUUGG